CAACCAAAUCAACCAAUGGAUAAGCAUCGUGCCUAGCCCACCAACCGGGAACUACCCCAGGCGGCUCAAGCUUGUUUACUGCUUGAUAUCGCGUACUGGAUUUGCAAGCGCGUCAAGAUAACGCUUUGGUAUAAAGCGAAACGUCGGAUAGAAAACCAACUCUUGGACAGCCCAGAAUUUACCGCCGCCCAUCAUGGAUACGACCAUCCAAUUCGCAGGCGAUCCGCGACCACGGCGACAAGACCGCGAGCUCGAUGUCGGCGGUGUGGUGCCGCUUCGCGUGAGGUCACGUUCACUGGGACGAAAAAGCUCCUUCGAGAUUUUCAAAGAAGGAGCUGUAGAAGCUGCCGAAGAUGAAGAUGCUGGUCUGCGGAAUGCGAGCGACUACAAGCGACGACAAGCGUUCAGCUUCUCUCAGGUGCUCAUGCUCGCUUACCAGUCGAUUGGUGUAAUUUAUGGCGACAUUGGGACUUCACCUCUCUAUGUGUUCUCCGGUACCUUUACAGAAGCACCGAAUAGGGCAAACCUGCUUGGUGCGCUGUCGCUCAUCCUCUGGUCCUUGACUCUUAUGGUCACUGUAAAAUACGUUCUCGUCAUUAUUCGUGCCGACAACGAUGGCGAAGGAGGAACAUUCUCAACGUAUUCAUUGCUGUCACGCUACGCAAACAUCGCCAACCGCGACCCACGCGAAGCUACCAUGAUCCGUAUGGAACGUUUCAGGACCAACGAGCUCAGCAAAUCCCAAAAGUCCUUCCGCGCGACGAUCGAGAGAACCAAGUUCUUCCGCCGGCUACUAAAGACAAUCGGCGUUUUCGCAGUGUCCAUGGUCAUGGCGGAUGGAGUCCUGACCCCCGCGCAGUCUGUACUGGGCGCCGUGCAGGGUCUGAAUGUAGUCAAGCCAGACAUCGACAAGUCUACUAUCGUUGGCGUAACUUGCGCUAUUCUGAUCUUGUUGUUCGUUCUACAACCUCUUGGGAUCUCUAGGCUCACGAUUGUAUUCUCACCGAUCGUCAUGAUCUGGCUUGCGUUCAACGCUGGGUUUGGAAUCUACAAUUUGGCAAAGCACGACUAUACUAUUCUGAAAGCCUUCAACCCGUACUACGCCUUCGAAUACCUCGCUCGGAACAGAUACGAGGGGUGGAGGAGUUUGGGUGGCAUACUCCUUUGCUUUACUGGUGUUGAGGCUCUCUUCGCCGACAUUGGAGCUUUCAGUCGUCAAGCGGUACAGAUCAGCUGGCUUGGAUACGCUUACCCGUGUCUACUGCUCGCAUACUCCGGUCAAGCCGCGUUCAUAAGCGAGAACCCCGACGCAUACUCGAAUCCCUUCUACAACUGCGUGCCCAACGGUUGGCUCUACCCUUCUCUUGUCAUCGCGAUAUUGGCUGCAAUCGUUGCUUCUCAGGCUAUGAUCACCGCCACAUUCCAGCUCCUUGCGCAAAUCAUGAAACUAUCGUAUUUCCCUCAGAUCAAAGUCGUCCACACUUCGACAAAAUAUCACGGACAGCUUUAUGUGCCUGCAGUCAACUGGCUCUUGAUGAUUGGAACCGUAAUCGUCGCCGCCGUCUACAACAACACUACGUCUUUGGGCAACGCUUACGGGGUAUGCGUUAUGUUUGUCACCUUCUUCGACACCUGCAUGGUCACGUUGGUCGCGAUUCUUGUCUGGCGCAUCAACCCUUACUUUGUGUUUCUGCCGUGGCUUACUAUCGCAAGCAUGGAUGGUGCAUUCUUGUCUUCAGCGCUCACUAAAGUGCCAGAUGGUGCUUGGUUCACCAUCCUGCUCUCCAUCCUGAUCGCCAGCAUCUUCAUCCUGUGGCGUUUUGGCAAAGAGCAGCAAUGGUUUGCUGAAGCCGAAGACCGCUUUCCGACAACACAUUUCGUCAAUACUUUCGAUGAUGGGCGCAUUCAACUGACUGAGAAAUUUGGUGGCAAGACAGUUAGUUCUAUUGAGGGUUUUGGUAUCUAUUUCGACAAAGCUGGGGAGACAACCCCUAUCGUGUUCAGCCAAUUUAUUCGCAAACUUGUCACCGCACCGGAGGUCAUUGUCUUCUUCCAUCUUCGCCCCCUCGAAGUACCAUCAGUAGCCUACGAAGACCGUUAUCACGUGUCUCGUCUCGCUAUUCCCAACUGUUACCGCCUGGUAGUCCGACACGGCUACAUGGACGAGGUUAUCACGCCAGAUCUAGCUUCACUCAUCUUCGAGAAGGUGCGUAAUCAUAUUGUCAGCCGUGCUCUUGAUCGCGAAGGCGAGGGAAGGUCGGCUUCCGGAACCGAUACAAACAGCCCGGCCGAUGUUACCAAGGUCAAUGCGAAGACCCCAGUAUCUGAGAAAGAAACCUCGGCGCCCUCGUCCUCCGAAGCCAACGCUCGACCUGCAGCUACGCCCGCAACGAGCGUCUCAAGCACGACCUCCCGCCUUACUGCUCUGGAACGCGCGUUCAAUCAUGAAGUUCUCUACAUAAUUGGAAAGGAACAGAUGAAGGUCAAGCCAGGGACAAACUUAUUCCGCAAGGCCUUACUACGUGCUUUCUUGUUCAUCCGAGAGAACACGCGCACCAAGAUCGCUAGCUUGGACGUGGACCGCGACCGUGUCAUUGAGGUCGGUUUCGUCAAAGACGUAUGACACUAUAGGAUCGCUCUAGGUUAUUACUGGGCCUCUGAGUGUCUCCUUCCUAUUUUAGAACAUUUGAUACCUUCUGGGAUGUAUUCUCAUUCAUCGUCGUCUCUCGGGCAUGACAUUUUAGUAUACAGUACGAAUGAAAGAUGCAGAGUGCCUCUGCACAAUGUCUUUGACGUC